AUGUCAACAGACAGCCGACCACCAAGUCCCUCUGCCCUCCCUCCAAUCCCAUCUUCACCAACCUAUUCAUACGCCAGCACCGCCAACCCAAUACCGAGCUCGUUCAACCUACCUCUUCCCCCACCCCCGCGCUCCCCACACGCCGUACUGACGAAAGCCGACCUCGAAGCUUCGCAAACAGCCUACUCGGACCUUCUCUCCUCCGCAAAAGCAUACCGACUAGCCCUCGCCGCUCUCUCCGUAUCCGCAUCCACAUUCGGAUCCGCGCUGGAAGCAUGCGCGCGACUGAAAGAGGCCCGCAGCGAAGCUAUGCCUUCUUCCGCGGCGGGGUCCAUGUCGAACAGCUUCUCCGCGAAAGGGAACUGCACGGCGGAUAGCCUGAUGGCAGCUAGUGGCGUGCAUCAGCUCGUAGCGAACCACCAGCAGAUUCUGAGCGAGACAGUGUACAGGAGUUUCGAGGUGCCACUGCUGCACGAGCUGGAUCAGUGGAGGCGGCGGAUGGAGGAGGAGGAGGUUGGGUAUCAGAGAGAAGCGAAGACGAUGAGUAAGGAAAUUAGAAAGAUGGAGAAGGAGGGUUUGAGGCUGCACAAGCAGCGGAAGAGGGAUGUAGGGAAGUUUAGAGAGCAUUUGGUGCAGUUGACAGGGAAGCUGGAUCAGUUGACAGGCUUGAGUGGUGGACAUAGUAGAGGAUUGCUCAGGGAUUGCCAGGAGAUGAGUAAGGGGAUCGUGGAGUGUAGUGCUGGGCUUGUGAGGGCUGAGGUUGACAUUUUUGAGGCGCUGGCUAGGAAAGGCUGGAAUGGAGGUGGUUUGGACGAGUUAUUGGAGAAAGGGAGGGAUCUAUUUGCUAAUGAGGAGCAUGCUGGUAUAGAUGCACAUCCAAAUCACGCAGCGAAGAUUUUCAGCAUAUUACCCCAGAAUAGGAGUAUUCUCGCCACAGAGGAUAGCGAAGGUGCUCCGGGCAUGCAACACGCCAGAAAUGACAGUCUGUUGGUCGAUGGCAUGCCAUAUCAGAGUCUUGCGGGAGCAGUCUCUGGAGGUAGAGAUGCGGAUGUGAAUAGUAUUUUCUCGGAGAGGGACAUGCCCAGUUCGGCGCUCUUGAACAGGCCGAGAGGUGUACGGCCAUUUUCUCCUACGCCUGGAGAGCGAGUAAGAGAUCCGCUGGAGGGCUAUGGCAAGCCUGCUUUUGAAGUGCCUCAAGAGCUUGACGAGGAAAAUCACGCGGAUAAGAAGGAAGAUAGAGUCGAAUCGGCGUCUGCGAGGACGGUUGUACAUGUUACGGAGCCAGAGGAUGAGACGGCUAUUAUAGAGUCUGAGGAUGAGACUGCGAAGUCCAAGGAUAAAGAGAAGGAGAGAGAAGAAACGGAAAGUGAAAGUGGCCGAAGUGGAAGACAGAGGGAAAGAAGAUGGAGUGUUACAGAUGACGGUGCAGUGUCUGAUUAG